UGGCGGACAAUCAGCCCAAAUCCAAGCUUAAGCGAAAGAAAUGGGCUGUGGAGGAGAUUCACCGGGAGGAAACCAGGAUUGGGACGACGAAGAGGGAUGACUCCUUACUGCCUGGUGACGUGACGGCUCAGACGGAUCGAACAAGCGUGUUCUCCCGGCAGCAGCCAAACGGGAGCGUGGGAGUAAACAUGAAGGAAAGUAAAUAACACAGGAGCAAAUGCGCAAUGAACGAACUAUAAAAAAACUGCAUAGAAUCGGUUCAGUGGUCUGAACCAUUAUGCACCACUCAGUGAGUCCAGCAGCACCAUGGUGGAAGAGAGAGCAGCUGCCUGCUGCAGAGAGGCUGUGGAUGCUCACACUAAGGUCUGCUCUGCCGUACCUGGACAACCAGCACUGGGAUCUGGUUCCUGAUUUUCCACAGCCAUCUACAAUAAAACCAACAGCAUUGAAGUUAGAAGAACAGCGGUGGUGUGACUUAAAUGAAGAGGUUUCCCCCUUUCCUGAACCUGCUCCUCUCAGGCUCCAAUCCUCCCAGCAGGACCUGUCAGUACACACCAAACCUGUACCAGACCCGCCUGACAGACAGCAGUCACUGCACAGCAGGGAGAGUCACGAUGGUAAAACAACAACAACAACCCUUCAAAGCCUCGCCAAAAAAACACGGCCAUCCCUCCACUGCUGGGAGACGGCUGCACCACCAGUAGGAUCCUCAAAUGUUGGGAGUGAAGCAGGAAGAAAAGGUGGGGAGCAAGGAGAACCACAAGCCGUAACUGUCAACAGGCAGCUUCACACAAACGAGAUGAAGAUGUCUGACAGCCGGGUUUCUCUCCAGAAGGGGAGUGAAAAUAAAAAGGUGGUGGUGAUGGAAGAUAAAGCAGCAGAGGAGGUGCAGGAUGGAGGAGGAGGGCUUCAGAGCUGCCCCAUGUGCCUGAUGGUGUUCCCUGUUGGGUUCACCCAGAUGGACUGUGACGGCCACCUGGCCCAGUGUCUGUCAGAGAUGGACGUGGACUUGACCUGGUAAGCCUACGUGAUGCUUGUCUGGCUCCUGUCCAGGGAGUUUGAACAGCCCAGAUGCCCAGAGACUGCAGGACGGCGUUGGAAGGAGGACACAGGGUGACAGGGUGUUCACUGUGAGAGACUCAAGGGCACACUGGGUUUUACCUCAAGGUGAGCAACCCAGAAUAUUUACGAGCUGAGGGAAACACUGUGAGAGGAAUAUUUGCUAUACCUCUAUAUCUCUGGUCGAUUCUCUUCCCGGGUUCAGUUUAUAUUUGCUAGACUCUAAAUGCCAAAAUUGGAUUGCUUAACUUUUCCACUUGGCCUCUGGUGCCUUUGAUUCCAGCUGGUCAAGAGGAUCUCAAAACUAAAAUGUCAGUCCAACCCGCCUUGCCCUCCUCUGGGAGAUGGGAGACCAAAAUAGAAACGGGCUGCAUCCAUUUUACAAAGCUGCUUCUCCAAAAAUAUAUUAAGGCUGGCUGCUUUAUUACAUGAAUCAAAUGAGAAUUGCACAGCUGCUUUGAUGGGUAUUGUUAUCAUGACGUCCUCUGAUCACUGCAUCAUCAUUUUACUAAAGAGUUGACUGAUGUUGAAAUAAACAGUUUCAGGACUUUGUUGUACACAUGCAAUGGGUUUACAGAGUGUAUUUUUUUUUACCCAGUGUCUCAAACUGCUAAGUAUCUUGAAGCAGUGGUGUGUGUUUUCACUUCUAAAGCAUCCUGCUCAGAAUGGAUAAAAAAUAAAUUGACUAAUGGAGCAGAAGUGCAACACAGAGCGAUGGAAGGUGUGUUUUUAAUGCAGCCAAGCAAUAUAAAAGAUAUAUGAAGUAAUGAAUUUGUCGAGCCUGGUCUGGUGGAGUGUCUUGUUACCGUCAUGUCUGUACAGAUCAUGUCUGGCAAUAAUCCAUGCAGCCAGAGGCACCAAACACAGUCUACCAGUCUACCGUGCGUGUACUUUUUUUUUUGUACUUUUAGAGUGCAUCCAUCCAUUAGAACCUUCUACUUCCAGCCUUUAUGCCAAGAUAGACUAGUUAUAUCCUAGCUCCAAGCAUGAGCUCUGAAAUUGACGAUAAAUAAAUGUUUCUGAAUGAUAAAUGUAUGUGUCAAACACAAGAAGUAGUUUUAGGUGAUUCAUUUCACUUACUUGAUUUUCUAGUCUUCCAGUGUGGACAGUUAGUGGUGAUCAGAGGAUGUGCUGGUGCACGAGGCCAACUCCAACACAAUACAUUCACAGACCGAACGUGCAGAUAGCAACAAGAUAAUGUCAAAGAGUUCUUUCUGCUGUGGUUGGCAAAAGGAAGCAUUGAGUUCACGGAAAACCAGUAUCGCUUUUAAUAAUUACACAUAUUUACAAAGAUGCUGUGAAGCAAAAUUAAGCAUAUGCAACCAGCAUAAUGUUAGAACAAAAUCAUAGGCUAAGUUCAUCCAGUUUCAAGAUUCAAUUCAUGUAUUUUAUUUUUAAUUGGCCUUCGCUGUUCUGUGAUGUGGUUUCAAGGACACCCAGUUCAUUCAUUGGUCCCUCUGUAAUAAAAGAAUGCCACUAAAGUUUGACUCGGGCGGUCAACUGAACUGACUAAUAAAUGCAGUGUGUGUGUUUUCAUGAUGGUGGCCUGAUCAGUGAUUGUGGAGCUUCUGUUUUAUCGCUUUUCCUUUCCUGCCUUUGACUGAUACCCUGACUAUAAUUAAUCCUAUUAUGUGGUGAAGAAUUGAGCAUCGGUUCGAUUUCAUCAAAUAAUUCCCAGCCAAUUGGGAGCUCUUCUUUCCUCGGUAGUGCACAGAUCCAUAGAUCAACACAAAGCUUGUAUCCGAGGCUCAGAGCUCCUCACAGGCGACUUUAAUCCGUGCUUGUACUUCAUAUUCACAGAUGAGUUGUGCAUGUGUUUGAUAUCGUCCCAGCCUUGUAGUUGCACUAAGCUCCUACGUUGGUUACACAUGUCGUGUGCUGUACACAAAGGUGGCAGUAUAUUGACUUCUACUUGCCUGAACUACAAACCGCUUUCGUUUUAGUGUGUACACAUACUAAUGGCCUUUUGAAAUGGUUUUGAACACCAACAUCUGUGGAAACGAAAGUUCUGAAUUGGAAACCCUUUAGUGAAUCAUCAUGGUGCAGGAGUGAGCUAAGAGCUUGGCGAGCUGAGCCUGCAAACCGCUGACCACCAUGUGUUGAGCUGGCUUUACACUGGGCAACUGUUGUGCUGUCAGCUGGAGGUUACAGACUACUUCAGAACAUUCAAGGACUUUCGAUUGGGGGGCCUGUAGUUACUCCAAUGGCUUUAAACCUAUCCAUAUUCAAACAGCAAAAAUGUACCAAAACCUUACAUGGAGGAAUAUACAUGAACCCCAUUUUAUUCGAAACUUAGUUUAAAGGUUGGCUCCUUCCAGUUGAUUUUGUUAAAAAACCCUUGUUAAAUCUAAAGUAGCCUUCGAGAUCACCUCCACAUCAAGGUGCGGUACAGUAUGGGUGAGAGCGUCCCUUAAAGUUACAGUUGACACUGAUGAUUAUCAAUACCAAUAACCUGCCAAUAUUAUUAUGGUCCUUAAACGGUUUAAAAUGUCUAAAAGUAACAACAAAUAGCCAAAGUUACUGCCUCAGCUGUAGGCUAUGUUGCUAGAGAACUAUGUAGAAAGCCUGUACUUCAGCUUUUAGUGAAGAAAAUACCACUUACAUGACGAUAAAAUGAUAUUAAUCUGAAUAUUGUAUCUGUAAUUUAUUUAAUCCACUUUUAGGGAAACAUAGAAACCUAAUGGGAAAAGGUUUGUAUGUUCCUCAUGCUAAACCAUCAUUUUUUUAGAGCCACUGCUAACAACAGGCCAUCUGUUCUUUGCCAUUACGCUACAUCUUGGUUGUCAUUAAAUAUCUGACAAAUACUCCGACGUGUACAAAGACAUAAGCAUUUUUGGAUCAAUGCUUGAGGACCUUUUUCUUGCCCGAUUUUCAAAAGCAAAACACGAUUAUUACCGGCUUGUUUUUUUUUUUUUGUUUUGUUUUUUUUUGUUUAAGAACAAAGGGAAAA